AUGAAGGUUAUAGUGAGGUUUUUUUAUAAAUUUUCUUAUUGGGAAAACUUUUCUAGAUUCCUGUACCAGCCACCAUAGAAAUAAUUAGUUAUAUAUGCAUGCAUUUUCUGACUCAAACAUGAGCUGUGCUUGCUAUUUAACUUCAUGAAAUAAUAAAUAGGCUUGUCAUUCCAUUUUCUACCCAAAAAGUUAAAGUUAAAGUUAAAGUUAAAGUUAAUUGGAAUUUGACAGUAACCAAGUUGGUAUGUCAGUGAACUGUACAUACUUUGCCUUAAAAUGAUAGCAGGUAUGGUUUACAGCUACUGGUAAGGCUUUCUUUUGAGAGGAGAAGUAUGAAGUUAUUUGCAUGCUGUUGCAUAAUUUUCUCUUUUCAAGUGGUUUUGAAGCUAAUGCGCUGGCCAAUUAGAAACUUCAACAUCCCCGUCUGCACCGCCCCCCCCCCCCAGUCAACUGAACUUUUUAAAACAGACCUCUUCAAAUAACCAUUACAUUAGUGCAAUAUAGUGGUCAAAUACCCCUUCCAAAGAAGAAAUGUUUUGAGAUUGUGUGAAUGGUCUGAGCUUCACGUGAUGUUGAUUGGCAAUUGAACUACAAAAAUUAAAUAAUUGACUUUGUUACACAUCCAUGUAUCUUUUGAAGUCCUUGCCAAACAAGCCAUUUGUUUAAAANCCCCCCCCCCCCCCCAGUCAACUGAACUUUUUAAAACAGACCUCUUCAAAUAACCAUUACAUUAGUGCAAUAUAGUGGUCAAAUACCCCUUCCAAAGAAGAAAUGUUUUGAGAUUGUGUGAAUGGUCUGAGCUUCACGUGAUGUUGAUUGGCAAUUGAACUACAAAAAUUAAAUAAUUGACUUUGUUACACAUCCAUGUAUCUUUUGAAGUCCUUGCCAAACAAGCCAUUUGUUUAAAACAGUUGUUUCUUUACCUUAAAACUCCUCCAUCUCACUGUGAGAAAGAUCGCAACUAUCAAACCAUGUUAUCUGACCUGGGUCAUCCAAGGAAGUUAAACUUGACAUUUUUGGGUCAAAUUCCCUUCUCCAUUCAAGUAAUGAUCAAAUUCUCCACUCUCCUGGCACAAGUGAUGGCCAAAUGCCCAGGGUUUGCCCCAGGUGUUGAUGUUGUAGUUUCUAGUUGAUCAGCGUAUUAUUAUACAGCUGGUCUCGUUUGGCCAUGUUUUUAUUUUCAUUUCACCGUACUCUAAGAUUCCAGACAAAACCAUUCUUUUACAGAAAUUCUGGAGAUUUAUGCUUAGAAGAAACCUCCCAUCGAAUUCUUUGUCUGGUGUUUCUUUUGCUGUGCUUGGUCUUGGAGACUCUUCUUAUCCAAAGUAAGUGAAACCAGGGCUGUCACUGAGAGGUGGGGGCCGGGGAUUUCCCCCGGCUACCAUGAACUUGACCCCUGGCUACUUUCAAAGGAAAAUAGAAGAAAAAUAGAACCAAAAGAAAUCCCUAGCUGUUUGAUUUCCUGCCUACCUGUUGUAUUUAGUACCUGGUAAAUUGGAAUCUAAAUGACAACCUUGCAAGCAAUAAAGAGUAAAUAUUAUUUAAUUCAGUUGAAAAAAAUGACUAAUGGCAUUUGAUUGUUAAUUACACCACAUUGUACCUAUAAUUUGUCAGUUCUUUAACACAGUUUUGUUUGUGCAGGUUUAAUUUUAUUGCCAAGAAGCUGUACAAGCGUUUGGUUCAAUUGGGUGGUACUGCUCUACAGUCUCUUGGACUUGCAGAUGAUCAACAUGAGUUGGGGUAUGUCUAAGGCAAGCAAGCUACGUAAUAUUCCAAUGGACUGUCUUGUACAUGUAACUUCAACAUCACUGAGAGGAACUGACCUUACUACUUUAUCUUUUUAACAUGUACCAUCCACUACCUGUUUGCCUUUCUUGACUUUGAUAUAUUUACAGUGUCCAUAGUUGCUCAUCACUAUUCAUGCUAUUGUAUGGUUCUCUCUCCUGCUGUCAGCUCAGAGCAUAAUAUUUUAUUUGUAGGCCAGAUGCAGUUGUUGAUCCUUGGUUGAAGCAAUUGUGGGAAAAGGUUCUAAAAAUGUAUCCACUGCCACCUGGAAAGGAGAUUAUCAGUGCAAGUGAGAGGUCAGCAAGUUGCCUUAAUUAACUACAUGUAUUAGUUAAUUAUAUUAUCAAUGACGUGAAGUUGAGGUGUUAUGAUUAGAUAGAUUCCAAAUGUAAUGCAGACAUCCCCAGGGUUUGAAAGUCAGUGAUACUGUGAGGCGGGCAUGCCAAGCUCAACAUAUCUUUGUGAAAGGAAUUAUCUGACCACUGAAAAUCUGUGCCACAGAUAAUACAUGUUCUUAACUCUCUGGUUGCCGAAAGAAGAUUUACAAAAUUAGAAUGUUGACAAUAGGGAUUUUUUUUUGGAUCUGGAUUCACAUCCUUUCCCCCUUUGGUUUCUUUGUUAUGGGUAAGCAAGCAUUCAAUUUAAUUAGAGUUCUUCUAGACCUAAACAAAGUUUCAAAUUUGUUUUUAUGGAAACUGUGUGCAUGUGAUAGAGUCUAUAUAUUUAUGCAGGCCCCAGUCAAGAUACAGAGUGAAGUUUGUAGAUAGUGGUGUCCAAGCAGCAAAUCACUCAAUCUCAAUUGAAGUUGACUCUAUGGAAAAACAAGGUUAGUUGAUUUGCAUUUUUAUUUGUCAUGAAACGAAGUGGGUUUGCAGUACAAAAAAAAAAGAUUGAAAAAUUCAGUUAGACCUGUCCAAUAAAUUGCUGUAGCACAAGAUACACUUUCACCUGGAAGUGUCCUUUGUCCAUAUUAAUCAGUGUCAUUUUAGCAGGCUGAUUUAAGGGCCUUUCAUUUUUGAAAUUGGCAAAACUUUUUCUUUUUAAACAGCUGUUCUUAUUAAGCAGCUUUUUAAAACGAGGUUUCACAGUACAUUUCUCAAUUUUUAUUUUUAUAUUAUGACAGUUAAACCCAAUCCCAGUCCAUGUAGAAGACAUCCAUUCUGUGCAAGACUUUUAUCCAAUAAUCGUGUGACUACAGCCGAUCACUGGCAAGAUGUCAGACUGGUGCAGUUUGAUAUAAAGGGCUCUGGAAUGAGGUACAGUACACUUUGCACCCACAAUAAAAUUGUUGACACAAGCCAUUUUAGAAUCCCUGAGAGAAAGGUCAAUUAAUGAGGGGUCCUCAAUUGCUAUUCAGACACCAGAAGGAUAACGCUCGCAUAUAUUGCACAGCUUUCUAGAAGAGCAUUACUGUAAUGAAUACAUUACAGUACGUAAAUAAAGCUUGAUUGAUUGAUUGAUAAAUCAAUGUAAACUGUGCAAAAUAUCCUGGUUUAGCAAUGCAAGAAGAAAGUUAUUUCUAAAUGCAGGGUUUGGUGUUCUAGUCAUUCCGCAGGAGAUGUUCUGAUGGUGCAGCCUAGUAAUCUAGCCGAUGUUGUAGAGGAAUUUAUCACCUUUUUAGCACUAGAUCCAAACCGGACAUUCCUUCUUGAGCAGAAUGAUCCAGGUAUUUUUUUGGCGAACAAAGGUAUUGCUCUCAUUCAUGAUAAUUUCAUUCAUUUGUCUAUUCUUUGAAUGUCAUCAUCAUCGUGGUCAUCAUAAUCUGUGACUGAGUCUUCUUCGUCAUUGUCAUUGUUACAGCGAAACUUCUAGAACUUAGGGUUUUCUUUGUUUUUUUUGUUCGCGUCUACUUGCAAUUAGUUGUAAUUGUUUAUAGUUUUCUUUUGUUAUAUUGUUUACUUUCUUUUUGGUGUCACCAUCGUUGCGUAAUGUUACGUAAUCUGUCAAGUUUUUUUGGUAUAAACUUAGUCUUGUCGGUCAGUGUUUUUUACAAUUUUUAUCGGUCAAGAACAGCUCAUUCCUUUUAACGUUAAGUCAAGAAACCGUUAAGGUAAAUUUUAGUCAUACGCCAUUUGUACGCUUUUCCGUUUUCUUUGACGUAUUUGUUAUUUUGUACUGAUUUCUACAUUUUUCGUAAUUUCGUAUUCUUUGUAUUUUUGGUUGUACAGUACCGUAGGAGUGUGAUUUAUAAAAUAAAGCGGUUGGACACUAAUACGCGUGACUUCGGUUACAGUCAUUAUUACGCCUACCACCAUAUCAUGAUCAUCAUCAUCAUCUUCAUCAUCAUCACCACCACCACCACCAUCACCAUUGUCAUGAACAUGGAAGGCGUUAGCACAAUUUACAUACUAAUUUUACGAAAAAAUCAUUGAUCUUUCUUGUAGUUCUCAGUCCACAAUAAUUGUUCUCAGAUACCCAGUGUUCCCACAUUCAUGCAUAUUGUUAAAGGCUCCCGGCUUCAUCUGUACUAGAGUUGUUUCACUGCGUUUUGACUCUCAAAAAUGAAGAUUACUCGAAAAUAGCGACCUCUACGGCCUGCUAAGAUAGUAAGAGUCAUUUGAAAAUUUACGGUAGAAUGGUAGUGCCAAGAGUUUACCCUGUUUGCUGAAAGUGACUGUGACUGUUUUUCAAUAGAUAUCCCGCUGCCAUAUCAGCUUCCUCAACCGUGUACCAUCAGGCAUCUCGUGGAGCAUUAUUUAGACAUACAAGGCGUUCCAAGGAGAUACUUUUUUGAACUGCUUUCACAUUUUACCACCUCAGAAUUUGAAAAGGAAAAGCUUCAGGAGUUUUGCUCAGCUGAGGGGCAGGUAUUAUUGUUUUAAGUGAUCGUGCAGUACAAAUUCAAGAAUUGUUCUGUUUAUUUUUAUAACGGCAAUUUUUGUUUUUAUUUCCAGGAAGAGCUUUAUUCAUAUUGUUAUAGACAAAAAAGGACUACGUUAGAGGUAGGCUGGUUUUAUACACUGCCUUAUUAAAAAUACCUUUUUGCCCUUACUUAUCCGGCUUUUCCUUCACCAUUUUGCAUUGCUAAAACGAAGUGAGGUGGUUGUUUGCAUGUUGGUAGCCUGCGAGCAGGCUUACUUGUGCAAGUUCAGGGCAAAUGUUAGGCGGCCGAGCCACCACCACGCGAGGAGCCUGUUCGCAGGCUAGUGUGUUGGUGGAUAUACUUGAAGGCUUGUUGUUCCACUUCUAUCUCACUCCAAAAGAAAAUUUUCGGAAAGUUUCUUUUCUUUGGCGGUGUAUUAUGAGUACUAGUAUCAUAAUGCUCGGGGUAUGUUGUUGUUUCUCGUUGUCUAUCUCCGGCCAGGUGUAUCAAUGCUGAGGAUAAUUCAUCUGCGAUGGGUUAGCAUCCCUUCCAGGGGGGUGUAACGAUACUCUGAAUUGCUUCCUUACCUGUUUACCCUGUGACUCUUGUGCUUCGUCACCUUAAUCAACAGCAAGCCUAAUAAAUUUUUUCACACGUUAAAUUGAUACUUUUACCAGAAUACCCUAGAGUGCGAGGAUGCAGGUGAGGUAUGGACGUUCUAUAAAGUAGUACAGUAAAUGGGUGUGGUUUUUAACAGCUGGUGAGUUCUGAGCGAAAGGAACGCGACUAGAGUCGAUCAGUUCCCCCGGUCUGCCCCUGCCUACACUUCCUUUUAAUACAAAAUAGCUGUAGUCCCGGAAGGAUUAUCCAUAGGGAUCUGUCAUAAAAAAUUCUCGUUUCAAUUUUUCUUCAAUAGGUCCUUCAAGAUUUUCCAGGUGCAAGCGCAAACAUCCCAUUCGAGUACCUGUUUGAACUCAUUCCACCGAUCCAGCCACGAGCAUUCUCGAUUGCCUCUUCGCUAAUGGUAAGUGUAUCACAGGCACGCACACAUCAAAGAUCUUUCCAGAUUUAAUUUUAGCACUUCAGUAAUACAGAUACUCAACUUCUAAGUAUACGAUGAAAGAGAAAAAAUAAACCCAGCUUAUUAACCCAUUCGCCCCCGGAAACUUUGCCGAAAAACGCGUUUUGAAGCUACAAUCCUGGACAAAACUAUUUGAGAAAAUGUGUUCAUUAAUGUGUACUACCUAACGCAACAAAACUAUUUCCAAAUCAACGGCUUUGCGCAAAGAAAACCCCCUCCUCCAGUUCAAAGUUGCUUCCUACGAAUGCUUAGGGAUCCGGCUUUCUUUUGAAGACCCAACAACACUGCUUCCAGGGAGAGGGGGGGAGGGAAGAAUCGGUCGGCUACGAAGUUUAGAAAAAAUGCUCCCCAAGUAUGUAAUUUUCUCAACAGUUUUGUCCAAGAUUGUAUAUACGGUGAUUCGCGUUUUUUAGCAAGAAUAGUAACAUGGACAAAACGGAAACCUACCAAUAAAAAGCACUUUACAGAAGCUGUUUUGAGCACAAAGUUUCACGGCACAUCAUCUUCUCAUAGAAAAGUACGACCUCAUAUACGUUUUUUACUGCACCCUCUUGAAACAGUAAGAUUUUGCAGUAGCCGUAGAACGCGUGCUUAUUGUUACAUGUUUUCGUGUUGUUCAAACCUGGCAGGCGUGGAUAGUGUGGAAAGUGAUUUAUAGUUUUCAGAAGAGUCAGAACAAGACUUGGAUGACGGUUUUCUUAGAAGAAAAGAAGUUCGUAGUGUUUAUUUAGUGACGUAUAGUGAAGCCAAUAUGGAAACGUAUCCCGUCACGUGGAAACUGCUUCUCAGAUCUUAAAAAUUGGCUAAACUAUGAGGGUUACAGAAACCUCGUUUGCUACAAGUCGGUGAACUUUUUAUGGUAAUAACAUGGAUAGAAUAAUGUUACGAUUAACAAUGCAUUGAAACGGUUAACACCAUUUCGUUUUUAAGAGUAAAUGACCUUCUGAUUCUUAUGAUACGUCCUUGUUAAUCGUUGCUAACCAUUGCUAAUCUUGGUAGCACCUUAAAAAUGUCCUGUUAAUCGUUCCGAAUCUUAGAUAUUGUGGAGAGAAAGAGAUUAUAAGACAACUGUGGCAAUUUUUACUAUCUCUUGCUUUACAAAUGAUGAAUUUAUCUCAUAAUUUCUUCCAGUCAUAUGUAGCUAUAAAUAGCCCGACGGUAAAACAUGCACUCUUACAGGUCACACGAUAGUACAUCUUGUCACGUUACUGCGCGUGACAUUUCUACAUUUCAUAGUGUGAUCUUUUGCACUGGACAUCGCUACAAUGUCAAAAUUUGGAAAGUAAAAACACAAGUUUUGUUAAUAUAAUUUCAUUGACUUUAAUUGUUUUAUCUGUUUCGGCGAUGAGAAAAUUGUUCAAAGUAUGGGUCACGCGCCCUGAAAAUUCAUCAAAAGUUUUAUGUGAUAUUUGUUGGUCAAAUCGUAGCAGGCGAAAUUCCCGUUUUCUGGCUAAUCUCCUUGACGGAGACGUCCUUCUCGUCCGCCAAAAACGUAAUGUAUGCCUGCUCCUUUGCACUCAAAGGGCGCGUAAAAACCCUGCAUGGAAAAUGAAAUUCACAAACGUUCACGAUUGACUACUUGAAUCAAGAAAGACAUACAAGUUGAUUUUCUUGUCAUCAACUCCGCUGUUCUCAAUUAUUUUCCAUUAAUUACCUACUUUUCUGUGAAAUGUACGAAAUAUAUAAAGAACAGAUUUAUGUGCCCACGUCAAAUGCUCAAAAUCGACUUUUCCAGUCAAAUAAAAUCCUGGACAAAACUACUUGAGAAAAUGUUUUCAUUAAUGUGUACUACCUAACGCAACAAAACUACUUCCAAAUCAACGGCUUUGCGCAAAGAAAACCCCCUCCUCCAGUUCAAAGUUGCUUCCUACAAAUGCUUAGGGAUCCGGCUUUCUUUUGAAGACCCAACAACACUGCUACCAGGGGGAGGGGGAGAGGGAAGAAUCGGUCGGCUACGAAGUUUAGAAAAAAUGCCCCCCAAGUAUGCAAUUUUCUCAACAGUUUUGUCCAAGAUUGUAGUCGAAUCUGGUCACUGUCGUGGUACAAAGAGCUAAAACUUGCCACAAAGCCGUUUACAGGUGGUACACUUCGCGGCCUUCUUAUACAGAUGCAAAAUAUUUGCUUGCGAAGUUCAGGCAUGCGCAGAAAGCAAAAUUUGAUUUAAAAGUGACACAGCAGUCUUGACUUUUACUUUUCGCUUUCUCUCCUCCCCUCUUUUUUCGCUUUUCUUGCCUCAUUUUUUUUCUCUUGCUGACCAUAUAGUGGGCUUCACUUUGGUUGGAAAAGUUUUUAGGAAAACUUUUAGGAUCUUAGGAUUAGAUGAAAGGAAAGGUAGGUGGGUAGUGGAACAAGAUUUUCAAAACCUGGUUCUGCAUUGGUGCAGUAGUUAGAACAAGUGUUGGACACUUUUAUCGCCGUUGUUUGACUAACGAAAGAAAAUAUUAGAUAGAAAUGUUUUGCGGUGUAAUAAACCUUGACGAGCCAAAGUCAAGGCGGUCUAGCAACAUGUCGUCGGAAAUAUCUGACCAUUCCGUAGGGGCUUAAUACACUCGAGUAUAACUUAACUAAGCUCGUUCAGACCAAACAAGGGCGCUAACAGAAGAAUACACGAGAAACUCGCUUCACCUUAGUCUACUUGACAUUAUAGGUAUCAACAUUUUUAAAGUGUAUUUAUGCUGUUUUUGCUGUACGUUUGUUAUGCGACAGGUUCAUCCAGAUGAAGUGCAGCUUCCUGUGGCUGUAGUUAACUAUAAAACUAAACUAGUUAAACCAAGAAGAGGCCUUUGUUCAACAUGGUUAGCUUCUUUAGAUUGCUGCAACAAGGACUUACGCGUUCCUGUGUGGAUCAAGAAAGGCACAAUCUCAUUCCCUAAGGCUUUAGAUGCACCUUGUCUUAUGAUUGGUCCAGGUGCUUGCAAUAUCACGGUGUAAAGAGUAGCAGUGUCCAUUGAAAACAACAGUAUAUAUUUAACAAUUAUUCUUUGAAAUCGAGGUGAAUAGUGGCAAAAUAUUUACCGAGCCGCGAAAGCGAGUGGAUAAUGUGUGAGCUCGGUGUUUUUCCCAUUUUUUUAGACAACGAUCUUUUAAAAGUCGACAAAAUCCUAGGGCUGACUUUUUUAAGGCAAGAAAAGACUUGGAAGGAUUCAAUACGGUGUUUUUCAAUUACUGUAGCUGAGUUUUGUGCUCAAUGGAUUAUUUGCAACUCCCGUGUAUUCGCGUAGAAGAAGCCGUUUCGUGAACUCAGCGUUUUCUAACAAGAAAAUUUUGGCUCAAAAAUCGAAGUUCAUUUAUGACAAACAAAUUUAAAAGGAAAUGUUUGCAGAAAUUCUACGUUUCAAGUAAACAGGAAAAAGAAUGAUACAGGAAGACGACGUCUUACCUCGAGCAACGGAGCCGCCAUUUUUGUCAGCACUUCAUGCAAAGAACGACACAAUAAACCCUUUAGGCUAUAAACUUGGCGAGUCAACAGAAAACAACAAAGCUCUACUUUUCUUCUCAUGUAAGGAAACAGUUCAAACUUUUAGCGGUUCCAUUUAAGCCAUUACGCCGUUGUUUGCGAAAUGAUAAACUUGUGAAUUGCCAUGUUUGAAAAUUCUGCAAAGAUCUAUUUUUAAACUAAUACGCGUGAUUUGAUCUGUCAAUCAAAUCGUACUUUUUAAUGGUUUCCUCUCUGAUUUUGUUGAGAUCACUUCGUGUGUAUAUACUAAAACAAUUAUUCUUUUCAGUCUCGGUGAAUAGUGGCUUUGGGAAUAUUUACCUCGAUUUCAAAGAAUUAUUGUUAAAUAUAUUAUUCACUUUACAGGCACGUAGGCUGGCUGGCAGGGGUUGGGGCGGAAAGGGUUGGGUUUGGCUUGUGGAUCACCUCCACCCUUUUGGCUGAACAUUUUCGGUCUCAUGAGGGAAAAAUAUCGAACAGACGUUCUCUGACAUAGAACUGGUAGAGUUGCUAUGGACUAUAUACUGACCAUUCACCUUAGUUUUGUUUUUGUUUUCUGUAAGAAUUGAAUGUAGGACGCAUUAAGAACUUGAACUGCCUAUACUAAAAAGUAUUUUUGUUAAACGCUCAAAGAUAUAAGUGUGUUGUCAAAGCAACAUUAAUCAAAUAGAAAGUAAGCGUCACCACCCAGUCAACUCAAUUUAAGACGAUACAUUAGACCUUUAGACAGUGACUGCCGACAGAAAAAGGACAAUGCUUUUAAGUUUUUCCUUGACAAAAUGCUUUGCCAUUUCUGGUUUUAGUGGAUCGCCAAGGAUUUUGAUAUAGACAAUUUUUACCUUGUUUUAAUACUUUGUUUUUGGUUUCGUUUAGGUACUGGCUGUGCGCCAUUUAGGGGUUUUAUCGAAGAAAGAAUAUCACAGUCUGUCGGGGGUAUGAUGUUAUUUGACUAACUAUGGAGCUUGACUGUUAAAGGCCGCUAACGAUUACCCAACGAUAUGAUCGUUUCUCAACGUUUUGCAGGCUGUGUGCUGUUCUUUGGCUGUAGUAAUAGCAAAAGGGACUUCUUCUUCAAAGAGGAAUGGGAACCACUUGUUGAAAAUGGAAAAUUACAGUUGUUUACGGCUUUCUCAAGAGAUCAGGUUAGAACGAAAAGAAAAAGAAAAACAAAUGCCAGUCCAGUCCAAUCACCUCUGAUUUAUCAACGCAAUGCUUAAAUGUCAGUUGUUGCUAAACCUUGACAGUAAAAAGGGAGUAUAUAAAAGCAAAAUGGAAAAUACCAUUAUAUUCGUAAAAUUUUCGUUUAAGUGGUGCUUCAUGUAAACCCAACUUUUGCAAUAUCUUUUGUUCUUUGCACGAUUUGCACGUGCAAUGCAUCAGCUCCUUGUAAAGUUGAAUUCACUGCACGUGCAGUUCGUGCAAAAAAAGAAAACAAACAAACAAACAAAAAAUAGUGCAAAUGUAAGGCUUACAUGAAGCACCACCCAAACUGCAGUUUAAAGAAUAUUAUGGUAUUUUCCUCUUCGACCAAAUAGAAAAGCUACAAGACGAAAGACUUUGACUUAACUGUCAAUGGUUAUGCAGAUUUAUUUUGAAAAUGGUCGUUUAAAGCAUUUGUUCAUUUAUCUUAAGUGAAAUCCGCUGUAUCUGUUCGCCUGGUCAACAGAAUUGUGCGAAAAUCGCGUGUAUUUAUUUCGAGUUUUUCUGGCGUUCGAAAAAACGCAUUUGUUUUGCAAUAAAAGAACUAUUAAAAGAAAGCAAGUCUGCCAUCUUUUAUUUAAAACUGCUCGGAUUUUCAAAUUAGCGCCCCUGGCAAGAAGAGUAUAGACAAAAAGAGAAUGUUUAUUACAGAAUUGAUAAUUAAACAUCUUGGGACCCUCGUGAACAUUUUUUGGGCGAAACAGGCUAACUUUGAUCGCUCAUAAAAUCAUAAUCUUUUUUGUCAAAACGUCUCAAACUUUGGAAUCAAGCAAUUGGAAUGGUACAGUUUAAAACUAAACAAAACGAUUUUCGCUUAAUAUGCGCUUUAAUGUUAAUGCAACUUGUUUUAAUACGCUUAACAGGAAGACAAGAUUUAUGUUCAGCAUCGUUUGCGAGAGAACAGCUCUCUUGUCUGGGAUCUUCUAACUCACAAACAAGGAUGGUGUUACAUAGCAGGGUAUGUAAAGUAUUUUGUCAUUAGUAGGACUUAAACCUUUCUCAGUGCAGACUACAAAACACUUACCCUUUGCCCAAGCAUUCUAGUAGUUUUCGCGAUAAUCAGUUACAGGGCUUGAAUUGAUUUUGCGGCUGGCGCAAAUUUUUGCUUGGACACAACCCGCUUUUGGCUGGACAAAUGACUUUUUCGUCACUUCUCUACAGAAGCCUCUCCCAACCCCCUCGGCUCGUGAUGUAAUUAUUUAUACUAAACUGUACAUGAAGCAUCAUCUAAAAUCAGAUUUUCUGAAUUGAAAUUUCCAUUAGAAGCCUAAAUGACUGGAUAAAGGGUCUGAUCAUCCAAGGAUGUGACCGAAAAUUGUCCUUUGAAAGACCGUUUUUGAAGCCCUGCAGUUAGUCGCGUUGCCAUUAAGGUUUUUGAUUAUUUUUUCUUUAUUCUUCAAUUACAGAAACUCGCAACGAAUGCCUACAGAUGUUACAGAAGCUCUUCUUGAAAUAUUCAUGAAAGAAGGAGCAAUGGAUGCAACAGCAGCCGAAGAAUUUCUCAAAACUUUAGAAAGAACAAGACAUUUUCAAAGCGAGACAUGGGCGUAGUAAAAGGCGGAAAGAAACAGCAAGAUAAAA